ACUGUAAAGUGCUGUUUUGUUUAUUCAGAUGUUUUGUGAUUAAUAAGAAUAAUAAGAAUUAUGAGCACCGAAGCACCGAGAAAUCUAUUCUUUUACGAGUUAUGCAGGCUGUGCCUCGAGAACGCCGGCGCCACUGAUGUAUUCGAGUCCGGAGAGUUCCUUGAAGACAUUUUUGCAUGCACAGGUGUGAAACUUGCUCACGCGGAUAACUUACCGCACAAAGUGUGUACAAAAUGUCUGGACGUAGUGAAAAGUUCGAAGGAGUUGAGAAUACUGGCUAAGAAGAAUGAUGCACAUCUCCACACUUUAUUUGGUGAUGUCGAUUCUGACGCUGAAACUGUUAUUCUUGAGCCUAGCACUCGGACAACCCAUGACACUGCGUCUAAAGCAGGGUCUGAAACUUCAGAGAGUAGUAAACAUCCUAAAAGCUCAAAAGAGAAAUUAAGUUUUCUCCUAAAAGAAGGCGAAGAAAACAGCACUAAGGCUAUCCCUGUGUUUAAACAAACAAUACUUUUGAGGAAAGAUCUAUUUCCACCUUCAUCUCAGUCCACUUCAAGCCCUACUAAAACGAAAACUCCAGAUAAAAUAUUAAAAGUAAAAGUGGAAGAAGAAAAUCGAUGCAAACGGACCAAAACAGGGGAUGAUGAUGAAACGGUCACCUUUUAUUGUAAUGACUGCGACAAAAGUUUCGACAAAUACAAAAAACUGUACUUACACCAGAGGCUGCACAACAAGAAAAUAUUCUGCCCCCUAGACGCAUGCGGCAAAAAGUUCGCCACCAAAGGCGAUAUGGAAAAGCAUAUCCGGACACACACGGGGGAGAAACCGUUUAAGUGCAAACAUUGUAAGAAGAGCUUCGCGCAGCGCGUGAGCUUAAGGCAGCAUAUUUCAAACUUACACGAUGAAGAUGAUGAUGACUGAUAAAUCAUAUUUGUUAUAUUCAGAGAAAAGUCUUUAAGUUUUAUCAUAUUUGUUGAAUUUAGACUUCUGUCUAAAAAAAAGACGCUUCACACAAGGAUUUUUGUACACUAACCCGACACUUGCUAUCUCGAUUAUACAUUGCUGUCCCGCCAAUGAUGUUGGCUGUCAAUGUCACUAUGCGAGCGUGACAGCAAUAUAAUUAUGCGCGUGCAAUGUACGAAAAUCCUUGUGGUAAGCGUAUUUUUUUUAGUUGUAAUGUUCAUAUUAAGUAAGUCUGAUAAUUGAUAAAAUUGAUUACAUGUGCCAAUAAAUUAAGUUUUAAAAAACCUAGAACUUACAGAAUUUGACGAAUUAUAGUCACUACAGCCCAAGUUUGUUAAAACUUACGGUUAAUGAUUCUUUAUUCUGAUAAGAAUUGAGAGGGCGCCGACCGUUAGGGGAUUGUGUUUUCAAUUAAUUAAUAUAAUAUAUAAUAAUAUAUAAUGUCGCCAAUAGCGACUAAAAAUUCAAGUGAGUGAAACCGUUGUCGUAUAAACAAUUUACUAAUAAUUCAGCCUAUAUAAGUCCCACUGCUGGGCACAGGCCUCCUCUCAUGUGCGAGAGAGCUUGGGGUAUAGUCCCCACGCUAGCUCAAUGCGGAUUCGGGACUUCACAUACAACUUUGAGUUUUUUCGCAGAUAUAUGCAGGUUUCCUCACGAUGAUUUCCUUCACCGAAAAGCUGGUGGUUAAUAUCAAAUGACAUUUCGUACAUAAGUUCCGAAAAACUCAUUGGUACGAGCCAGGAUUGAAAGUCUGACGUCAUAUCCAUUCGGCCACCACCGCUUUUUUUAUUAAUUAAACCAAUUCAUAAGCUGUAUAAUAAAGUUGAAAUGGCGGCAUUUUAUUAUAUCCCUCGGAAUUUCAUGAUCAGGCUGAUUUAAUGAUGUAACUAUGUAAUAAGUACACAGGCACAGAAUAAACAAUAGUACUAGGUACAGAAGACUCGCUCUCUAACAAAACGCGUCUGUUACGAUCAGCACAGAUAUGGCCGCUAGGUGGCGACAGCGCCACGCGCGGCUUAUGGCAAACCCCAAAAUUGGGGUCGAACGGAUGUACUUUUAGCUACCUGCAAAGCGACGAAAUCGCGGAGUGAGUCACGCCUGACACGGGUACUCAGGUGCUACUACGGAGUAGGCACGAAAAUAACAGCAGGGUGUAAUUUCUAGGGUUUACUUUAUGUAUAAUUUAAUUAUGUAAGUAUAUUUAAAAAUACAGUGAACAAAUUAUGCAUAAUAUAAGUAAGUAUUAUUUUUUAUCAAUGAGAGAGAGAGAAUUAUUUAUUUUAUUUAAGUUUUGAUGAUUUAUUUGAUAACGAAUCUCAUUUUGCGAACAUGCUAUUUAAUUUGAACCUUAAAUCGGAUUGCUAAGGAUGAAAUUAUAUUACCAUGUAUCACAUGUAUGUCGAUAAAUCGUACAAUGCCUGUGAAAGGAUUAAACCAAAAUGUCAUAAUUUAUGACCUUAGUUUAAAACAUUAUCGGAGAAUCUGUGAUCAGAUCAUAGAGAAAUCCAACUAUUAUUGUGAACGUGAAUGUUUUGUAUGUUCAAAACACAUAGCAAAGUAGUACAGCCGAAAGUUUUAAUUUAUGGCCCAUUUUGUACCCUAUCACAGUGACAAUCAAUAUGAAAGUCGCUAUACUUCGUUUUAUUUAGCAUUAGAAAUAAGGUAAACAAUCUUCACGUCUCUUUUUAUUGAAAAACACGUUUAAAAAAUAAGUCACGGCAAAUAUGUAACAAUUAUGAAUCUAAUACGAUCAUUUAUAUUCUUCUGCUUUCAUAAGUAAUAGUUACUGAUUUUUAAAAAGCGUUUUUCAAUUAAAAGACAUGUCUAGAUCGCUUACCUUCUUGCAAGUUCUUUCUAAUGCUAAAAAAAACAACGGGUUGCACUCCGGGAGUGCCGACAGAAGUGAAAACUCAAUGACUAGUCCAAAAUGUCCGCAGCACUAUGUAUAAUGGACCCAUCCUCCUUUCUAUUGAAAAACUAUAAUUCCGAAAUUGCUGGCCAGUGAGCUUAAAUUUGUAGCGUUAAUUGUUUAAAAUUCGAAUAGAAAUUGUAAAGUUACCUUGCAGACCUCGCAUCUAAAUAUAUUUGGUCAUGAUAUUUUAACUUUUAUUCACCAGUACUAGAGUUCACUUUUAUUAGAGAUUUCAUCAAGAUGUAGCCUUAUUGAAUUAUAAAUUGAGUGAUAUAAAGUUACAAUGUAACUGUGAGAUCCUCGUAUUUCAGCCCGUACAAGAUUUAAACAUUGAGCUUUAUUGCUUAAUAUAAAAGUCCAGUUUUAAAUAAUUGACCUGAUUAUAAUACGUUAUGACUAAAGUUAUUUGGUGAAUAACAUUGUCCGUGACACAUGACGUCAGCGUUACGUUACGCGUUACGCUGAAUCGAGUUUAUCAUUUUUUCCCCACCUCAAAAAGUGCUCAGCGCCGCUAAAGAAGUUUUCACUUCAAAAACGAACUAUAGACAACUCAUACUAAUUGUCACAGUAACAAGGUACAAAAUGGGUCAUAAAUUCGACUGUACUUAUGCCGCGUGAAAUUGAGUAUAAUAUUAUUGUUGUUGUUGUACAGUUGACGUUAAAUAUAUGUUUACACUUUUGCACCUUACUCCUUUGUAAUAAGAAUAAGGCGAAAAAUGUACAUAAAUAUAUCUUUGAUACCGACUGUCAAGUCACCACGCGGUAUUAUGCCAUUUAGGGUUCUCGCUAAAUUGGAAAUUCUAUAGCGUAAGUAUUGAACAACCAAUUUAGCUAGGACCGCGGAGCGUGAUGGUACACGUGCAGUCGAAUAUAAAAAAAAACAUACAACCGAAUUGAUAACCUCCUUUGGGAUUUGGAAGUCGGUUAAAAAGAAGACGUAACGGUAACUAUACUCUGUAUCUUUAGGUAUUUAAUAAAAGUAAACAAAAUCUACCUUCAAAUAGCUCCACAGGCAAAACAUCCUCCAGACUAAGCAUAGUCGCGCUACCCCCUCUGCCACGCACGGUAAUUUUACUCCAUGUUCGAGUCGAAAGUGUCUUUGUCUGACGUCAGUGUCUUUGAACGGGCCAAUCACGGCGCGGGACUUCUCUCACCUCGUCCCGCGCACUCCCGCAUUUUUGGCAUCAUCGGUUGCAUGCAAUACUUAAUUGCUCUAAACUCGGUCUAGAGGAUUCCUAAUAGUCUAUGAAUAGCUCCUAUAGGGUAGAUGAAAACAUAACACGAUCAAAUAAUGUAGGCUAAAGUCAGGUCGUUCAGUUACAGAUCCAGGCGGUUUUGUAAAUGGUCGGUUAGCCAAUAAAUGUUAUAACUACCCGAAAUUGUACCAAUUGUUUGUUUAUUUUUAUUUAAAUAUCUAAAGAUACAGACUGUAGGAUGUCAAGCGUUAACAUUUAACAAUUUACAGCGCUAUGUACUUGAGCUGUCAAGUUUUCGAUUUUAGGCAACUAUUUUAUUUUAAAAUGUCAUUCCAUGGAACUUGCUAACUAUGUAAAUAAAAGUCACUAGUAAAUUCAUCAUUCAGAGACAAUUUCAAUAUGGCGGUUUGUUUACAUAGUUAGCAAGUUCCAUAGAAUGACACUAAGAAUUCUUGUUUAGGGGCUAUUCAUAAAUUACGUCAUUUCAAAUUGGGGGGGGGGUCAAAAAUCGAUGACGUAAUUUAUGGACAGCCCCUUAGCAUUAUGUACAGUAGUUGUAGAGAUAACUGACCCCUCCUGCAUAGAAACUUGUUUGCAGAGGGGUGAGUUAUCUCUGCAUCAUACUGAAACUAGCCAAAAUACUAAAAAUUAAGAGGCCGAGACUGAUAGAUCUAAAUUCAAAUUUUAUAGGUUGUUUUAGUUCCUACAAUGGGGUUGGCAACUGUCAAAGGCGUGUACAGAUGGCGCUAGCAUAGGUUUUAACACUUUUACCUAUCUCUAGUUUGGUCAUUAACGUAUAUAAUAUCUAAGGACGGGCUAAUGGGGCACUAAAAAUGGUACUGGUUCAGCGGUGUUACUCACGGAUUCCAGCCAAUCGUGCAGUCUAACGCAACUAGUUGCGACCAAUAGCUCGCGUAGUGCGAACUCGUCAACCAAUCGCGCGCAUGAUGCGAACUCGUCAACCAAUCGCGCGCGUGAUGCGAACUCAUCAACCAAUCGCAUUGUAGCGGUUUCACAUCGCUGUACUGGCCCCUGUCAUGCCUCAUUAUUAUUGCCCGUAAAGCCAGUCCCUGGAUAUCUAUGUCAAUGAGUUUGGUUAUAUGAGAUUUAGGUUAAAAGUAAAAAAAAGAAACUAGAAAUGUAUCUUAGGACUGACUGGUAAAGCCUAUGCUGGCGCCAUCUGUAAAAUACUUCGACCGGCCAAUCCCAUUAGGCCGAUUCUUUGUCUAAAGCCCCCUCCAGACUAUGUGCGUGAAUCGCGGCGCGACAUCGCGGAGCGAACAUAUCGCGAAGUUGACGUAUGACUCCACACUCGCACACUUCACGGCGAUUUCGCAGUUUGGUUUGCGGCAAUAUGGCGGAAAAGCAUCAGCUGAUCGAGUUUAACUGUUAGUUAUCUAUGGCAUCAUACGUGAUUUAGCUGUUUUUGCAUUUUGUUUUAUUGUAAAACCGUAAAAUAUAGCUGCUUAAUAUAAUAUAAUCAUAAUAUAAUUCAUAUUUAUCUUGCCACAGAGGAGCCAAAAUAUUAUGUAAUGUGGAGUCUUGCAAGUUCGCGCUUCGCGUCUCCUUUGACGCGGGCCGAAAUACCGACAAAAAACGGAGAACAAGGCGCGAAGGCGUGAACAAUCUGCGAAAUC